AUGGUCCCCACUCAGAAGACAACACUCCUCGCCAGUAAUUGCUCUGGAAUUGAUGUCAUUCCAGUGGGCGACCGACACAGCAGCGGCUCGUGUUGGCUACUUGUAAUGUUUUCACCGGUCGCUCCACAUUCACUUCACAUCUCUCACUUUUUGUUGUUGUUGUUGUUGUUGUUGUUGUUGUUGUUGUUGUUGCGCGAGGCGGCUUUGGACUCGGACGUCUGUGAAUGGGGAAAGUGCACGGAGUUGAAUCAGCUGUCCUCGGGAUUUCCUAAGGCACCCCCCCACCCCCUCCUCACGCUCGAUCAUAUUUCAGGAAGUCAUUUUUUUUUGUUGUUGCGGGGUGGGGUGUGGUGGGGUCGGGGGGGGGGGGGGAUCUUGCACAUCAGCUGUUGUCGGAUUGUAUGAUGGUCGCGCUGCAGUGAAACAGUUGGCCAGUCCCGUCCACGCUUCCAGCCGGGCAUCAUGCAGCUCGCGAGCCGGAGUCUGAAGUUUGUUAUUUUGACAGCACUUCAGGCUUUAUCCAUCUCUGUCUCGGUGUGUGGCAGCGUGCUCUCCAGACCCGCUGAAGGGAAUCUUUUGAGCCCGAGUGUUGGGCACAGACCAACAGCGAAGCAGAAGCACUAUGGGACGACGGUUCCUCUUCGGCUUGUUGGACAAGACUGGAAACCGAUCAGCCGGCUCAAAUCCCAGAGUCACCCUGCAUCACUGAAGCUCCUGAUUGAAGCGGAAGGUGAGCAGCUGCUCUUGGCUCUGGAGAAAAACGAGGGGCUGUUUGCAAGUAACUAUACAGAAACCCAUUACCUGGAAGAUGGAAUGGUGGUCACAGGCUCUCACAACUUCACGGCAAACUGCUACUACCACGGUGAGGUGGAGGGUCACGUCAACUCGGAUGUCAGCCUCGGUACCUGUGCUGGUAUCAAGGGUUUCAUAACUCUUGAAGGCAAAUCCUACGUGCUGGAACCCUCUGCUGAUCACUCCGAUGGGACUCACUGGAUCUACACUGCAGAACACCUCAAUUUCGCCUCCGGCACCUGUGGCCAUGAUUUCAACAUUUCCUACCCCAUUGAACAUGCCGACAGCGGUCCGUUUAGGGCUUUCGGCACACGGCAUAAACGCCACGUCCAGACUACGACGAAAUAUGUGGAGCUGAUCAUCGUGGCUGACAACCGAGAGUUUCAGAAACAAGGCAAGGACAUGGAGAAGGUCAAGCAGCGACUGGCUGAGAUCGCCAAUUACGUGGACAAGUUCUACCGGGCUCUGAAUAUCCGUGUUGCCCUGGUGGGCCUGGAGGUAUGGAGUGAUGUGGACAAGUGCCCCAUCACCCAGGACCCCUUCACCACCUUGCAUGAGUUCCUAGACUGGAGGAAGGUCAAGCUGCUGCCCCAGAAGCCCCAUGACAACGCCCAGCUGAUCAGUGGAGUCUAUUUCCAGGGCACCACCAUCGGUAUGGCACCCAUCAUGAGCAUGUGCACAGCAGAGCAGUCGGGAGGAAUUGUCAUGGACCAUUCGGACAACCCCCUCGGCGCUGCAGUCACUCUGGCCCACGAGCUCGGACACAACUUUGGAAUGAACCAUGACACCCCAGAGAGGGGGUGUGGCUGCAGGGUGACCGUGGAUCGCGGAGGCUGCAUCAUGACUCCCUCCACGGGGUAUCCGUUCCCCACAGUGUUCAGCAGCUGCAGCAAGAAGGACCUCACGGCCAGUUUUGAAAAAGGCGUUGGGAUGUGUCUGUUCAACAUGCCUGAGGUGAAGGUGCUCUACGGUGGGCAAAAAUGUGGCAACGGCUAUGUGGAGGAGGGAGAGGAGUGUGACUGUGGCGAGCUUGAGGAAUGUAUGAAUCCCUGCUGCAAUGCUUCUACCUGCUCUCUGAAAGGGGAUGCUGUAUGUGCACACGGGCAGUGCUGCCAGGACUGUCAGCUGAAGCCAGCAGGCACGUCAUGCCGUGAAUCCAGUAACUCUUGUGAUCUGCCCGAGUUCUGCACCGGCACCAGCCCUCACUGCCCCGCCAACGUCUACCUCCACGACGGCCACACCUGCCACCACGUGGACGGCUACUGUUAUAACGGCAUCUGCCAAACUCACGAGCAGCAAUGCAUCACACUGUGGGGACCAGGAGCAAAGCCGGCUCCGGGCAUCUGCUUUCAAAGGGUCAACUCAGCAGGAGACCCCUACGGCAACUGCGGCAAGGACUCCAAAGGCACCUUUGCCAAAUGUGAAGCACGAGAUGCUAAAUGUGGCAAAAUCCAGUGUCAAGGAGGAGCUAACCGCCCAGUGAUUGGUACCAACGCUGUUUCCAUAGAGACCAACAUCCCCAUGCAGGAAGGGGGAAGGAUACUGUGCCGAGGCACCCAUGUAUACCUGGGCGAUGACAUGCCCGACCCCGGCCUGGUCCUGACGGGGACCAAGUGUGGAGAUGGACUGAUGUGCCUGAAUCGUCAGUGCCAGAACGUCAGUGUCUUCGGCGUGCACGCGUGCUCAGCCAAGUGCAGCAGUCGAGGGGUGUGCAACAACAACAAGAACUGUCACUGCGAGGCUCACUGGGCACCUCCCUUCUGCGGCGAGGCGGGCUUCGGAGGGAGUGUGGACAGCGGCCCCAUCAGAUUAGCAAGCGGUGGCAAUCUGACAGUGGGCAUACUGGUGGCUCUCCUCACCGUCCUGGGAGCGGUUCUGAUCAUCUGCAUCAAGAGGAAAGCUCUCCUGGGCCUGCUCUUCACCAGUAAAAAGAACCCAAUGGAGAAGCUCAGAUCAGUCAGCGCUGCGAUCAGCGGACCAUCCGCUUUGAACCAGCCCCCGCCAUUCAGCACGAUGUCUCCAUCGCGACCGGCCCCGCCUCUGCCUCACAGCGCCGCCAUCUUCAAGCCUCAUCACCGAGGGCCAGAGGCGGCGCUCCCACCGGCCUCCUACCCGUCCCACAGCCUGCGCAGACUUCCCCAGUGCCCCCCGGUUCACCUCAGCCACCCUGUCCCACUGUCUCUCACCCUGUCCCUCUCCCCCGGCCCCGGGCUGGCGAGACCCCCGCUGCCUCCACCUCACAUCCACGUCGCACCAAGGGGGGCGUCCUUUCGAAGUGCGUCCCGCCAUAACUCCUGCAGGAUGGUCAUGGAGUUGGAGAAGCCCAGUCCUCCUCAGAAACCCCUUCCUGCCAAUCCCAGGAGCUCUCGUCUGGGUCGAAGUUCCUCUGUGAUCCAAGGGCCCGCCGCUUCUGUUUGCGGCCCUGUCUCAACACCUGGUGUGCCCAGACCUGUGCGCCCUGUCCCGCACCCCAACAGACCCAGUCCCAAGCAGCCACCAACACUACCAAAGCCUUGCAUAAUUGCCAACGUCAAAUACAGCAGCUGAGACUUUGGCCCAAAGGGGGACGAUGUUGU